AAUGGGGACCUGUAUCUUUGCUGUACCAUCUGGUGCUUCGGGAAAAUAAACUGAAAACAAGUGAGAAACAGCUCACGGGUCCCUGUCCUUUCACAUUAAUAAUGGACGGUGAUGUUUGCUUUUAUCGGGAAUUGCCAAAGGUGGAGCUGCACGCGCACCUCAAUGGCUCUGUCAGCUUUGUUACCAUGGAGAAGCUCAUCAAACGGAAACCGCACCUCAACAUUGAACACAGUAUGACAGCGAUCGGCAAAGGCCAGCGGAGAACACUGGAUGAAUGUUUCGAGGUCUUCAAGAUAAUCCAUAAACUGGUGGACACGGAGGAGGACGUCCUGAUGGUGGCCACAGACGUUAUCAAGGAGUUUUCAGCUGAUGGUGUGAAGUAUUUAGAGCUCAGAAGUACUCCGAGGGAAGAGAAGGCCACAGGAUUAACAAAGAAGAGUUAUGUUGAGACAGUCAUCAAAGCCAUUCAGCGGUGUAAAAAUGAAGGAGUGGACAUUGAUGUCAGGUUUUUGGUGGCCAUUGAUCGCAGAAAUGGGUCAGAGGUUGCUAUGGAGACAGUGGAGCUGGCUGAGGAAUUCAUGCUGUCAUCUGGUGGUCUGGUAGUAGGAAUUGACUUGAGUGGAGAUCCAACGGUGGGCCAUGGCAGACACCUUCUUCCAGCCCUGGAGAGGGCCAAAAACUGUGGACUGAAGUUGUCUCUGCACCUUUCAGAAGUUCCCUCUCAGCUGGAGGAGUCAGACCUGCUGCUGAAUCUUCCUCCAGACAGGAUUGGCCACGGGACCUUUUUACAUCCUGAAAUGGGCGGAUCUCAACACCUUGUAGACAAAGUGACGAAAAACAAUAUACCUCUGGAACUCUGCCUGACUUCAAAUGUCAAAGGACAAACCAUUCCAUGCUACUCCAAACAUCACUUCAGACACUGGUACCAGAUGGGCCAUCCAGUUGUCCUCUGUACAGAUGAUAAAGGAGUCUUUUGUACAGACUUGUCUCAAGAAUAUCAGCUAGCUGCCUCCACGUUUGAUCUGAGUCACGAGGCGGUGUGGAAGCUCUCCCAGCAGGCUGUGGACUGCAUCUUUGCAGAGGAAGCUGUGAAAGAUCAGCUCAAACAGAAGUGGAAUGAAUUGCGUCCUCAGAUGUUUAAUUUACCCACCCAGCAAGUCUAAACACAAUCAUAUACUUUUGCUUUUAGUUAGUUAAAAGAAAAAAAAAACACAACGGUUUUACAAUUAUUUAUAGAAAUGAUCAUCUUAAGUUGUGAAAAUAUAAAAAUGUGUUAUUUAAUACGUUGAGCUGAAGAGUGUUCGGUUUAUCUGAUUUAUAGUUUCACACAUUCAUCACUUGUUGUAAAGUGUUGACAUAUAAUUAAUUUGGCAAACAGAGUUGUUUAUUUUUACUCUAAAAGAAAAAAAAAUAUGAAUUUUUACGAG